GGAAGGGGGAGGAGAAUAAUUCCUCUCUCGUCCCGGUCGAUGUUGCGUUCUUCCUCUCAACGCAUUCCCAACUAUAAUGUUAUGGUUCUCAAAUGCAAUGUCACUCACGGCGGAUGUGAGCGGAUCUCACAGGUGUGUUGCCAAUUUAGCCAGAGUUCGAGAAGAAACACCUGGAAUCAUCAUGUGAUACUGUACCUGGGCGUGGAGAAAGUCCCUGUUAUUUUCUGGACUCUUGUUGAGUGUCGUCUUUCGGUAGAAAUUGUCAACCAGUGCCCCACUGUAUUUUCUAAGGAACAGUGCCUUUCUGUAACCCUCUCCGCGCGAAUUCAGGAAGAGUAAAAUGUGAACUUUAUAUGCAUUUUGCUUGGGGGUUAUUUAACAUUUUCAGGGGGACUUUGAAACCCGACGGCUUCUGUUUGUGCAACUAUACUGUUCUUCCAAGCACUUCUUUACUGUGGCCACCUCGGAGAGGCCUGAAUAAACAGGAGAGCAGACGACGAAGGGAUAUGAUUGUGCACUUCCUGCUUGGCAACUACAGGAAGUAAUUGAGCUCUACAGGAAAGAUGACAAGCUGGGUCCAGGCCGCUCUUCUUCUCCUCUGUCUCCUCCUGUUAUGCCUGUCUGCAGCCGGGGGCCAGCUGCAGGAGGAGGCGCUCCUGGACUUCUCCUCCAUAACGCCCAUCAACAACGUGGUUCAGGACCCCCGCAGCGGGCGCGUCUACCUGGGUGCCGUCAACACCAUCUACCAGCUGGACGAGGCGCUGCGUGAAGAGGCCCGCACCGUGACUGGCCCCAAGGAGGAUGCCCGCACCUGCACCCCGCCUGUCUCCACUCCGUACUGCCAGGACACCAAGCCCAGCCCUAAUGUCAACAAGCUGCUGCUGGUGCACCCAUCCAACGGCUCACUGAUCGUCUGUGGGUCCCGCUACCGGGGUAUCUGUUCCCUCCUCAACCUGAGCAACGUGGAGCAGCAACUGUACUACAGUGACUCUAAGGGGGAGAGGACUUAUGUGGCUAGCAUAGAGGAUGGGGUAGCCGUGGUGGCCGUCAUGUCUACAUACGUUAAUAAAGACGGCAACACCUUUAAUGUGUUUCUGGUGGGAAAGGGCUACGGCAGCCUGGACAGCUCCAAACUCAUCAGCACGCGCAUCCUCCAGGACUACCGCGACUGGGUGGUAUUCGAGAGCAUCAUCGAGGCAUCCACCGUGCAGGCAACACCUUUUGUGCCCAAGUACCUGCACGACUUCCGCCACGCCUUCAAGGAGGAGAGCUUUGUCUACUUCCUGUUCUCCAGGACCAUGGGGAGCACCGACAACAAGAACUUCACCUUCGUGUCUCGGCUGUGUGAGGACGACCCUCACUACUACUCUUACACAGAGCUGCAGCUCAACUGUGGCCCGGGGAACAAGUACAACAAGGUGCAGGCAGCCUAUGUGGCAUCCCCAGGUAAAGAGCUGGCCCGGGGGAUGACAGAGUCGGGCCAGCAUGGUAAGGUCCUCGCCUGGCACAAGGUGCUGUUCAUGGUGGCCAGCCCGGAUGAAGACGGCGCCGACUCGGCCCUGUGCAUGUACCCUCUAAACACCAUCAACGAGAGGCUGGUGGACAUCAUCAGCGCCUGCUACAGCGACUCAGGCAAGAUCGCAGGCAUCCCCGCUGUGGACAUCCCCUACUCCUACAAGACAGACGAGUUCUGCACCUCCCAUAUUGACAAAGACACUCUGAACAACUAUAAGUGUGGGGCGGACUUCCUUCCCUCUCCACUGGCCAGUAAGCCAGAGUUUGCCCUGCAGGCGAAGGCGGUCAUCAUCAGGAGGGGCCUGCUGACCGCUGUGGCCAUCGCUGUGGAGAAUGACCACACUAUUGCCUUCCUGGGGAACAGCCUGGGAGAGGUGUACAAGGUGCAUCUGACUGCCAACCCAGAGGUGUACAGUCAAGUGCCAGGGGACACCACAGGGAAACGCGUCAACAAAAAACUCUUCUUUGACGCCAGCCACAGCCACCUGUAUAUCACCACUGAGAAAAAGAUCACCAAAGUGCCAGUGCAGACGUGCCAUCUGAAAACAGACUGCCAGUCCUGUGUGUCGCCAUGGGACCCCUACUGUGGCUGGUGUGUUCUGGAGGGCAGGUGUACCAGGAGGUCUGAUUGCCGGCGAGCGGAGGAGAAGAACGGCUGGUUGUGGAGCCCCAAGCAGCAGUGUGUGAAGAUCGUGUCCUUCAACCCACCCAACCUCAGCUGCAAAAAGACCCAGCAGGUGGAGAUCAACGUGCCCUCCCUCCCCUCCUUCGGGCAGGCAGACCGUCUGUGCUGUGUGUUCCCCUCCUAUAUGAGUGACGCCACCAUGUCCUCUGGCCAGGUCACUUGUGCCCUGCCCAACCCCGACUCCUUACCAUCCACACCUGAACACCAGGAUUUCGUGGCGGUGCCCAUUAAGAUCUUUGUGAACGAGUCGGUGGAGCUGGCCACCAGGGAGUUCAAUUUCUACAACUGUUCAGCCACUGUGAGGAAAGCAGAGAGCACACCGUGUUUGUCGUGUGUGGCCAGCCCAUGGGGCUGCCAGUGGAACACCCAGGACCACACCUGCCAGGACAAGGACGACACUGUGUUGGGCCCUCAAAUCAUCAAACACAGACAGGGGGCAAGAUGUCCCCAGUUCGAGAACCCUGAUCCUGUGCUCAUUCCUGUGGGGUUCAAAACCACCAUCGGCUUCGAGGGCAUCAACCUGGAUGUUUACCAGGACCGGGUGUUCACCAUCGGCACAGAGCUGAUGAGAAACAUGGAGGAGGACGUCAGGUCUGAAGAUCGGCCCUUCUACAGCUUCAACGGUUUUAACUUUUCCUUCGAUAAGUCACAGGAGACCAACGUUCUGUUCUACGUGAAGGACAAACAGUCGGGCAAGAAAAUAGACAGCACGCUGAAUGUGACCCUAUAUAGCUGCUCGCUGGGCCGUGAGGACUGCAGCCUGUGUAAGAACGCUGACCCUAAGUACAGGUGUGUGUGGUGUGUCAAAAGGAGGUCGUGCGUCUAUGAGAAGCUGUGUACUAAUGACCAGGGUACAGAGUGCCCUGACCCACACAUCACUGACAUUAUCCCUCGCUACGGGCCCGUGAGGGGAGGCAUCUCUGUCACCAUCAAGGGCUCCAACCUGGGCAUCCACAAGGAGGACAUCAAGGCCAUCAGUGUGGUGGGGGUCCCCUGUGUACAUCAGGAGAACAAAUACGCCGUCUCCACCAGCGUGGUGUGUGAGAUCGGGCCCUUGGACCCCCUGAGUACAAACUGGGGCCAGGUGGAGGUGGAGGUGGAGGGAGGGAAGAGAGGAACGUCAUCUGCUUUCUUCACAUACCGGGACCCCAUCGCCCGCUCGGUGUACCCCGCCAACGGCUCCAAGGCCGGGGGGACGGUCAUCACCAUCUCUGGCUUCAACCUGGACACAGCCACCAGGGAGGACAUUGCCGUCACCGUUGGGGGGGUGGUGUGCACUGUGGAGACGUUUGGUGCAGCCAUCACCUGCAGGAUGGGAGAGUACCGGGCGGAUAAGGUCCCCUCUGACCUGCUCACGGUGACAGUAAAGUAUGGGAAGAGCACCACCACAGCCGUCCCCACAGCCUUCCAGUUCUGGGAGAACCCCACUAUCCUGGACCACCACCCCAAGGGAAGCUUUGUGUGUGGUGGGAGGACCAUCGUGGUGACUGGAUCUGGGUUUGACCUAAUUCAGAACGCCAUCAUGAGGGUCCAGGCCUCGGCUGACAAGUGGUCCGGCAUAACUCCUACUGAGUACCUCCAGGAGGCUCUGAGUAAGAACAACACGGUAAUCCAGUUCCUGACCCCGGCCGUCAACCGGUCCUCUGAGACCCAUUUGUUCAGGACCUUCAUCCAGCUGGACAACUGGGGGAGGGAGCUCAAGCCCUUCAACUACCACCCUGACCCCGCCUUUGACCCCCUCACCAAGAAGAUCAUCACCCAGACCUCCAUCAUUGUCGUCACUGGCCGAGGUUUCGAAAAAGCCAUGACAGCCAAAGAGGCCCAGGCGUUUGUGGGGGAUGUCCCGUGCUAUGUCAACGCCCUCCAAGAUGACAAGCUGUUCUUGGAUCCCCCGUCCAGCCAGCCCCAGGCCCGCUCCAAACGCCACCGCAGACGUAGAGACACCAGCUCCGACCCAUUGGACCUGCUGAUUAAGUUUGGGAAUGGCGAGUGGGUGGUGGGCUCUGUGCACUACGAGAGCAAUAAUGAGGUUCCUCUCUUCAUCAUCAUCCCUGCUGUCAUCAUCCCCAUGCUGCUCAUCAUCCUCGUCUCCGUCUACUGCUACAGGAGGAAGAGCCAGCAGGCUGAAAGAGAGUAUGAGAAGGUGAAACACCAGCUGGAGAAUUUGGAGGAGAGUGUACGAGACCGCUGCAAGAAAGAGUUCACAGACCUGAUGAUAGAGAUGGAGGACCAUACCAACGAACUGAGCGAAGGGCGAAUCCCCUUCCUGGACUAUAAGACCUACACGGACCGCGUCUUCUUCCUGCCCUCCAAGGACGGGGCCAACGAUGUGAUGAUCACGGGCAAGCUGGACAUCCCUGAGGCACGGAAGGCCAUCGUGGGCCAGGCCCUCAACCAGUUCUCUAACCUGCUCAACUCCAAGACCUUCCUCAUCAAUUUCAUCAAGACCUUGGAAGGACGUCCAGACUUCAACGCCCGGGCCAAGGUGUACUUUGCAUCCCUGCUGACGGUGGCUCUGCAUGGGAAGCUGGAGUACUACACGGACAUCAUGAGGACCCUGCUGCUGGAACUCAUGGGGAACUACGUCGACAGCAAGAACCCCAAACUCAUGCUGCGCAGGUCAGAGACAGUGGUGGAGAGGAUGCUGUGUAACUGGAUGUCCAUCUGUCUUUACCAGUUCCUCAAGGACUCAGCAGGGGAACCCCUGUACAAACUGUUCAGGGCCAUCAAGCAUCAGACAGAGAAGGGUCCAGUAGACGCCAGAGUGAAGAAGGCCAAGUACACCCUGAACGAUACGGGCCUGCUUGGAGACGAUGUGGAGUACUGCGUCUUGACUCUGCAGGUGCUGGUGCACGGGGAGGGGCCAGAUGUGACGCCCGUCAAGGUGUUGAACUGUGACACGGUGUCCCAGGUGAAGGAGAAGAUCAUUGAGGCGGUGUACAGGAACCUGCCCUACUCACAGAGACCCAAAGUGGACAGCGUCAGUCUGGAGUGGCGUCCUGGUUCCACAGGGCAGAUCCUGUCAGACCUGGACCUGACGUCCCAGAAGGAGGGCAGGUGGAGGCGCAUCAACACGCUGGCCCACUACAAUGUGCGAGACAAUGCUACUCUAGUCCUGUCCAUGGUUCUUCACACUCAACAGAACUACGACCAGAACCAGGAUAACCAAGAGGAGAGAAACGCCCUGUUGGAGGAUGACAAGGUGUUCCAUCUGGUUCGGCCUGAUGAGCUGGAUGAGAUGAAGUCCAAGAGGGGCAUGAAGGACAAGUCCAUGACCAAAGCCAUCACUGAGAUCUAUCUCACACGACUGCUCUCUGUCAAGGGAACCCUGCAACAGUUUGUGGAUGACUUCUUCCGCAGCGUUUUGUGUUCAGGGUCGGUGGUGCCACCCGCCAUCAAGUACUUCUUUGACUUCCUGGACGAGCAGGCGCUCAAACAUGACAAUGUGGAUGAGGAGACCGUACACAUCUGGAAGACCAACAGCUUGCCUCUGAGGUUCUGGGUGAACAUCCUGAAGAACCCUCACUUCACCUUCGACGUCCACGUGACAGAGGUGGUGGAUGCCUCGCUGUCCGUCAUCGCUCAGACCUUCAUGGACGCCUGCACCAAGACAGAGCACAAACUCAGCCGAGACUCUCCAAGUAACAAACUACUCUAUGCAAAGGAGAUCUCCACCUACAAGAAGAUGGUCGAUGAUUACUACAAGGGCAUCAGACAGAUGGUAUCAGUCAGCGACCAGGACAUGAACACUCAUCUGGCAGAGGUGUCUCGGACUCAUACAGACAAACUCAACACACAAGUGGCUCUGCAUCAGCUCUACCAGUACGCCAGCAAAUAUUACGACGGGAUCAUCCAGUCCCUAGAUGAGGACCCGGCAGCCCAGAGUAAACAGCUCACCCUGCGGCUUCAGCGGAUAGCAGCCGCCCUUGAAAACAAAGUGACAGACCUCUAACCCACUGGAGGAGCCAGGGAGACGGAGAGGGAGGGAUGGAGGGAGAUGGUACCGUGCCACCAGUGUCCACAGGGGCUUAUUUAUCCUGGCGGAGGAGAAAGAAACAGAGAAAGGGGUCCCGCAAGGCCUUGAUGUUGACACCUUCAACCCAGCAGGCACAGAAUGUGGGACAGAUCAGAGUCUGCAGAGUGGAACAGAAUAGGACCAAUGAAGCAAAGACAGAGAGAUGAUGAUGGGUUACACAUCUCAUCAUACUGUAGGAACGCCUUAAAUUAAGUCCACUUGCCAAACUGAAAUAAUUGGUCCUUAACACUCACUCUGGCUGUUCCCACAAUGCAACAGGGGGCCAGCCCCGGGAAAUAAGCCCCUGCGUUGAACACUGCUUGGCACAAAGAGAUAAUCAGAUGUUCAAUUUCAUCCUGUCUAGAAAAGUUGUAAGAAUUGUAUUAUAUUUUUUUUAUUGUGCAGUCUUUAUGCGGAAAGCUUUAUAAGGAGAAAUGAUCUUUUAAAAUGGACUGCCUUGUGGUGUGUAUUGUGUUUCUAUAGCCAGUGUGUGGAUGUGGGUGUGGAUGUGUGUGCGUGUGCGUGUGUGUGAACGGAAUGCCCACUGUCAGGCCAGAGGGUGGAUGCCAUAUCUGUUAUGUUAAUCUCCACUAGUCACUGACACACAGGAGCCCGUUCUCCCACUGAGCUCCUCUACACAGACCAAACGGUCAGGCUAACUAUACACAGGCUCUUCUUGGAAAUGACAGGCCGACUAGUGACAGACCGACUAUUGACAGGUUGACUUGUGACAGGCCGACUAGUGACUGACUGACUAUUGACAGGUUGACUUGUGACAGGCCGACUAGUGACAGACCGACUAGUGACAGGCCGACUAGUGACAGGCCGACUAGUGACAGGUUGACUUGUGACAGGCCGACUAGUGACAGGCCGACUAGUGACAGGCCGACUAGUGACAGGCCGACUAGUGACAGGCCGACUAGUGACAGGCCGACUUGUGACAGGCCGACUAGUGACAGGCCGACUAGUGACAGGCCGACUAGUGACAGGCCGACUAGUGACAGGCCGACUAGUGACAGGUUGACUUGUGACAGGCCGACUAGUGACAGGCCGACUAGUGACAGGCCGACUAGUGACAGGCCGACUUGUGACAGGCCGACUAGUGACAGGCCGACUAGUGACAGGCCGACUAGUGACAGGCCGACUUGUGACAGGUUGACUUGUGACAGGCCGACUAGUGAUUUUCCAAAUUAUCAGUUUUAAUUGUAUUUUGAUUUUGAUUCACAUGCUUCAUAGCUCGAUAGCAGGGUUUGGUUGCCAAUUCGCCCUCACACUCAAAGAUCCAUAACAAAGCUGUUUCCCCUUGUUGGAGUACAUUCUCACAUAUUCCACUGGAACCUCAGUUAGUUUUGACCUCCAGUUUAUGUUUUAUUUUUUUAUAGCUAAAUAUCUCCCAAAUCAUUUAAUAUAUUUUGAAUAGCAUUAAAUUACAUUUUAAGUCAGGUGAAUUACAUUUUACUCUGUAGCCAGUCAAGCAUACAUCCUGCAAUAACAUAAAAUUUUUUAGACACGAGACAUUGGGAUAUCAUUAAUCUCCGAUUGAUGUGUUUUACUUUAUAGAAUAUAGAAUUUGUUGUUUACCAUUUCAUCUACAGUAGUGAAGCAGCAAUACUUUAGUACUUGAGUGAAAAUAUACUGAGAAGGAAAUAUAAAUAAUAUGACAGCAGAUAUAUUAUAGUAGCUAACUUACUAAGUAAUAUGACCAUGAUGUUACAAGUUGUUCAUAGUGUUUUGUGGAUCCUUAAUCUAUGCCAAAUUACUAUUAAUAUCCCAUUUUGUAAGCUUCUACUAAAUUUUAAUCGUACACUUUUAAAUUAAUAAUGGGUUUUUACAACAUGCGCCAUCGUUGGUGUGAUGUGUCACAAGUCAGGUUAAUUUAUGUAUAGUGCCAGUCAAAAGUUUGGACACACCUACUCAUUCCAGGGUUUUUCUUUAUUUUUACUAUUUUCUACAUUGUAGAAUAAUAGUGAAGACAUCAAAACUAUGAAAUAACAUAUAUGGAAUCAUGUAGUAACUACAAAAGUGUUAAACAUUUAAAUUAACAGCUGUGCAUUGUUAAAAGUUCAUUUGUGGAAUUUCUCUCCUUUGAGCCAAUCAGUUGUGUUGUGAAGAUAGACCUAUUUGGUAAAAUACCAAGUCCAUAUUAUGGCAAGAACAGCUCAAAUAAGCAAAGAGAAAUGACAGUCCAUCAUUACUUUAAGACAUGAAGUUCAGUCAAUCUGGAACAUUUCAAGAACUUGGAAAGUUCCUUCUAGUGCAAAACCAUGAAGUGCUAUGAUGAAACUGGCUCUCAUGAGGACCGACCACAGGAAAGGAAGACCCAUAGUUACCUCUGCUGCAGAGGAUGAGUUCAUUACAGUUACCAGCCCCAGAAAUUGCAGCCCAAAUAAAUGCUUCACAGAGUCCAAGUAACAGACACAUCUCAACAUCAAUUGUUCAGAGGAGACUGCAUGAAUCAGGCCUUCAUGGUCUAAUUGCUGCAAAGAAACCACUACUAAAGGACACCAA